GCUCACACCUCUCCAUAAGGCAUUACCUUUCGUGUAUUAUUGCUAACUUACAGUUCUACACUUUCCACUUUGUUCUGCUUCCGAACGCAAGAGACAUCUUGAUCAUCUGACACGCUUUUCCAGCUGCAACUGCACCAAAUUCAAAAUGCAUAGCAUGGCCACUACUUCUGUUCGUACGUGGGGCCCAGAUAUCACAGAGCCGGACUCGCCAGUAGCGUCGCCCACGAACUUGACGCCUGAACUGAGCUUUUUGGCUGAUGAUUCAUGGAUUGAUGCCAACCUAGAGUCUGUAUGUGCGGGUGAGUCUCGGGUCUGUUGCAAAAAGCCUUUGAGUGCACCUGAGCCAGACCCCGUCCCAUAUAAUGAUCCACAGCCCGUGUUCCUCGAAAGUGCUUAUGGGCUAAAUGAUACGACGGUGGUCACUGAUUCACACACUCUCGACACACUAACCUUUCCGAUACACGCUAUACACCUCCUCCCUUCUCGGCCGAACGGGAGAUGGCAUGCACAGGUCAGAUAUAUAUUAAGACAUGCUGGCGAGUCUGCUUCGAUUUCUCGGGCAUCAUUAGACCGGCUUACGCGCGAACUCGACAUGCCUCAUCUGGUCCAUAGGUUGGAACGAGCAGCCGAGGAUCGAAAAGAUGAAUUCAACCGCUGGCUGAAUAUGGCCUUUGCAAACUAUGACCUAGUUGCGAUGCACAACCGUGUACAAGGCCUGAUCCCAACAGUCACAGUGCCAAAUAUGCGACAACUGGAAUAUGCCAUAGAAACAGCGGCGGACAUUGCGCAGUCGCUGCGAAAACAGCACUCACAGCCAGAACUCGUCAAAAAUUACUUAGAUGACAGAAAUCUCUUUGCACAUACGAUUGGCCGAAAGGCGAAGCGGGCCUUGAUCGAGCAAGGUAUUUGCAGAAAAUGGCAGUUGGAGGGCGAGCUUAAUGGGAACAUUCUGGACGCCAUGCACUUCUCUCUGAUACACAUAUUCACGCAGAUACAGCAGUUCCGUAGAUAUGUACCACUGUCACAGGCAGUUCCUCGAUGGGUAGCUAACCGAGAGAAAAAGGUUUGGUGUCUGGAGCUAGAUGUUGGCCGUAUUGGUAUCGAAAUUGGUUCGCCAAGUGACAGGUCAUUUGUAGAGCUGGGCAAUCUUAAAACUGGGUUUGAGAUCCCAGAGUCUAUUGGGUGUCUUUCAGUUCUAGACUUCGAUCGCCGGACUGAGACCGUGGAAGACGAAUGGCAGCUGCUUGAGAUGUGAAAAUUCCUAAUCAUCCUUUCAUCUAUGUUCGAAUGAACCUUGUAGCUCUAUUACAUUUCUUCCAUACGCGCUUGUCUGCAAGAUGUGAGCAACUCUCUGUGCUCUGUCUACACGUGCAAGCUUCCAGCACGCUGGCGCACAGCACUGCGGCUUCGACUGCCCCGCGAUCUAGCACGACUCAAAUCAUAGCCAUUUCCCUGUGCAGAAUCACCAGAAGCCCUUAAAGUGUCGUUAAAGUCUUGCUCCAGGUCCUUCAUUUUGGCCGGUGUGCCUCCAAAGCUGACCAGCACAGCCGGGUUGUUCGCCGUAAGCGCAU